AUGGCGUCCGUACUCCGGAGACCGUUCGCGGUGUCCUCCGCAUUCAAACAAUUCAGCAAGCCGUCCACGGUCAUUCGAGCUUUCCACUCGUCCCCGCUCAAGGCGAGCACACACAACUUCUUCACCUCAAGAACGACCAGUCCAGUAACGUCGAACAUCCUCAAGACCCAACCGACCCUACAGAAUGCCUUCAAGCGGUCGUACCAGACACAGAACUACCCCGUCCCAACCCAGACCGGCAAUCUCACUCAGCGACUACUCUACGGCGGUCUUUUGGUCGGUGGCGCAAUUCUCGCUACCAACCUGAUCUUCAACCGCGAGACACGCGAAGAUGGCGGCAUGCCGACGUACGAGCGAGAGUACCUCAACCAGACAUUCAUGCACACCGGCCUCGGAAUCGGCAUCAUCGCCACCGCAGCCAGCGCACUCCACAGAUCUGGCUGGUCCUACCGCCUAAUGGCAACCAGCCCAUGGGUCGUCAUCAUCGGUGGCCUCGCCGCAUCUAUUGGUACCAUGUACGGCACUAUGCAGACGCACCCUGACAACUACAUCCAAAAAUACGCCCUCUGGACCGGCUUCAACGUAACCCAAGCCGCCCUCCUCUCCCCGCUCAUGCUCAUGCAGCCCGCCCUCCUCAUGCGCGCCGGCCUCUACACAAUCGGCAUGAUGGGCUCUAUCGCCUUCGUCGGCGCCACUGCAAAGCAAGAGAAAUAUCUCUACUUAGGAGGCCCGUUGCUAGCCGGCGUCGCCAUCGUCGCUAUCUCCGGCUUCGCGCCCCUCGUCCUCCCAGCCACCGCCAUCCGAACACUCGCGUGGACUGAGAACAUCUGGCUGUACGGUGGACUGGCGGUGUUUGGCGGCUUCACGCUGUAUGAUGUGCAGAAGAUUCUGCACCACGCACGGAUGGCCGAGCGAGGGAUGGUGAGGAAGGACGUGGUGAACGAGAGCAUCAGCCUCGAGUUGGACUUCAUCAACAUCUUCGUGCGGAUGGUGCAGAUUUUGGGCAUGAGUCAGCGGAGGAAGUGA